CCAAGAUGAAGCAGAGAUUCUCCUCUUUGGAUGUCAAGGUCAUCACCCAGGAACUUGCCUCGGAGCUUGUCAACCUGCGAGUCUCGAAUAUCUACGAUCUCUCAUCGAGAAUCUUCCUCUUCAAGCUCGCCAAACCCGACCACCGCAAGCAACUCGUCGUCGACUCCGGUUUCCGCUGCCAUGUCACGCAGUACUCACGGGCGACGGCCUCAGCGCCCUCGCCCUUUGUUACGCGCAUGCGCAAGUUCCUAAAAUCCCGGCGCGUCACCUCCAUCCAACAGAUCGGCACAGACCGAGUCAUCGACUUCUCAUUCAGUGAUGGGCUGUACCAUAUGUUCCUCGAGUUCUUCGCCGGUGGCAACAUCAUAAUCACCGACCGGGAGUACAACAUUGUGGCGCUGUUCCGGCAGGUCGCGGCCGGGGACGGGCAGGAGGAGGAGACGCGUGUCGGCAUGAAGUACACAAUCGACAACAAACAAAAUUUUCACGGGGUGCCAGACAUCACGACGGAGCGGGCUCGGGAGACGGUCGAGAAGGCCCAGGCGCUGUUUGCGGCCGAAGGCAAUGCGCCCAAGAAGUCGAAGAAGAAGAAUACCGACGUCCUCCGUAAGGCGCUGUCGCAGGGCUUCCCCGAGUAUCCGCCGCUGUUGCUGGAUCAUGCGUUUGCGGUGAAGGAGUUGGAUCCGGCGACGCCGUUGGAGCAGGUGCUGGCCGAUCCGGAGGGGCUGUUGCAGAGAGUGGUCGGGGUGCUGGAGGAAGCGAGGGAGGAGACGAGGAAGUUGUCGUUUGGGGAGGGGCAUCCGGGGUAUAUUGUUGCGAAGGAGGACACGAGACCCAAGGCCAAAGGAGCUGGGGAUGAGAAGGAGGGUGAGCAGGAGUCUGGUGCAAAGCCGCCGGCGUAUCUGUAUGAGGAUUUCCACCCGUUCAAGCCGCGCCAGUUCGAGGGGAAGCCUGGGGUCACAAUCUUGGAGUUCGAGAACUUCAACAAGACUGUUGAUGAGUAUUUCUCGUCGAUCGAGACGCAGAAGCUGGAGUCGCGGCUCACGGAGCGGGAGGAGGCCGCCAAGAGGAAGCUUGAUGCCGUCCGCCAGGAACAUGCCAAGCGCAUUGGUGCCCUACAGGAGGUCCAGGAGCUGCAUAUCCGCAAGGCCGCUGCUAUCGAGGAUAAUGUCUACCGGGUGCAGGAGGCAAUGGAUGCGGUUAACGGUUUAAUCGCGCAGGGGAUGGACUGGGUGGAAAUCGCGCGCCUGAUUGAGAUGGAGCAAGGACGAGGUAACCCGGUUGCGAACAUCAUCAAGCUGCCUUUGAAGCUACAUGAAAACACGAUUACCUUGGUGCUUGGAGAGGCUGGCGAUGAAGAGCAAGGUGACGGGGAGGAGCUCUUCUCCGAUGACGACGAGUCUGAGUCGGAGGAUGAGAAGGAGUCAGCUGAAAGCUUCGAGAGGAGAGCUGAUGUGUUGGUGGUUGAUAUCGACCUUGGGCUUUCUCCAUGGGCAAAUGCGACCCAGUACUACGAGCAGAAGAAACAGGCCGCUGUGAAGGAACAGAGGACUACGCAGUCCUCCGCCAAAGCGCUCAAGAGCCAUGAGAAGAAGGUGACGCAGGACCUCAAACGAAAUCUGAAGCAGGAGAAACAGGUUCUUCGCCCAGCCAGAAAGCUUUUCUGGUUCGAAAAGUUCCUCUUCUUCGUCUCGUCCGAAGGAUAUUUGGUCCUCGGUGGUCGUGAUGCUAUGCAAAGCGAAAUGCUGUAUCGCCGAUACCUGAAGAAAGGCGAUAUUUUCGUCAAUGCUGAUCUUCAAGGUGCUACGCCAAUGAUCAUCAAGAACAGAGCAGGCACACCCAAUGCACCUAUUCCUCCAAGCACUCUUUCUCAAGCUGGGAAUCUGUGUGUUGCUACAUCUAGUGCUUGGGAUUCCAAAGCAAUUAUGUCUGCAUAUUGGGUUGAUGCUAGCCAGGUAUCCAAGACUGCCGAGGUGGGAGGUCUCGUCCCCACCGGCGAGUUUGUCAUCAAGGGCGAGAAGAACUUCCUGGCUCCCUCACAGCUGGUCCUAGGAUUUGCUAUCAUGUUCCAGAUUAGCAAGGAGAGCUUGCGCAAUCACAAGUUACGUCAAUUUGACGAACCUGUGGCCGCGGAGCCCACUGCUGAGGAGGGCAAUGCUCCCAGAGAAGCCGGCACCUCCCACAAUGCCAAUUGCAGUGUCUCAGACGAGGAGAAUGCCGAAGAGGAGCGGGAGCAGGAGGAAGUUCUCAAGGAAGAGGAUGAUCAGUCUACUCAAGCAAAGAGUACAGCUGAGGAUGAGACCCUGCAAGAAGAAAGCUUGACCUCUACUCAAGAACAGGGCAAGCGGCAGCUCUCCGCGCGAGAGCGUCGCCAACUAAGAAAAGGACAGUCACUCGAUCCCCAGGAGACUACACCUAAGGAAGCUAAAGAGAGCUCGAAGCCAGCAUCGAACGGCGCUCCUGGGCGACCUACGAACGCCAAGCCGGCACCAACAUCCACUCGCGGCAAGAAGGGCAAGGCGAAGAAAGCCGCAGCCAAGUACGCAGAUCAGGACGAGGACGAGCGAGAAUUGGCACUCCGCUUGCUCGGUGUUGGCAGUGAGAAAGCCGCCAAAGCCGCUGCAGAGGCGGAAGCCAAAGCGAAGCGCGAGCAGGAGGCGGAAGCCCAAAAGAAGCGUCGCAGAGCCCAGCAUGAGCGGGCGGCUGAGGCAGAACGUAAACGACAGGCUCUCUUUGAAGGGGGUGCUGAUGACUACGACGAGGAGACGGCCGCGGCUGAAGCUGCGGAUCUCGAAUGGAUUCCUGCCAUGGUUGGGACGCCCCAUCCUGAAGAUGACAUCCUUGCGGCCAUCCCAGUGUGUGCACCCUGGGCUGCUCUGGGUCGUUAUAAGUACAAGAUUAAACUGCAGCCGGGUACUGUGAAGAAGGGCAAGGCUGUCAAGGAGAUCAUUGGAAGAUGGGUUGCCGAAACAACGACCGGAAAGGUCAAGAAGGAGCAUGCUGAAGACGCCGGUAUCGACCGUGCAGCAGCAGAGAAGCUCCGCGAACGUGAAGGCGAGUUAAUCAAGGGGUGGAAGGAUACUGAAAUCAUCAACUCUGUCCCUGUGGGUAAGGUACGCAUCAUGACUGGGGCUGGGGCUAGCGGGGGCGAUAAGGGUAAAGGCAAAGGUGGUGGUGGCGGCGGAAACAAAGGAGUGGUGUUACUUCUCUCUCGUCUCCUUGCUGGCGGUCUCCCGCGCAGCUUUGUCCGCUUCUCUUCUUCCUCCACAGCCACUAUGCCUCCUACGCUUGACACGCGCAUUGUCUCGGUUCGCCGACUUAACCAAGAAGGUCCCGGUGAGCGAUCACUCGCGCAAUGGUGGGCCGAUGAAUGUGGUAACAACACCCCUGAAGCUGCUGCAAUUGAAGAAGCUGCACACCUUCUCCAGACGAGUGACAUCCCCGUCGCAUUCCCUACCGAGACGGUGUAUGGAUUGGGAGCCGAUGCCACGCGCAGUGACGCCGUGCAGGGGAUCUACAAGGCCAAGCAGAGGCCAUCCGACAACCCCUUGAUCAUACACGUGGAUUCACUUGGAAUGCUGGAGCGCAUCCUCAAUCCCGUCCAUCAUAGUCCCACUCGUUUGACUAGCACUGCUCAGAACAAGCUCCCUGCCAUUUACGACUCGGUCAUCUCCCGUUUCUGGCCCGGCCCUCUCACCAUCCUCGUUCCGAAUCCUUCCGGAUCUCCCCUCGCCAAUGAGGUCACAUCCAAUCUUACUACAUUUGGCGUACGAAUGCCAUCGUCGCCGCUGGCCCGUUUGCUGAUCCAUGUCGCGGACCGUCCUCUCGCGGCCCCCUCGGCCAAUGCCUCUACGAAACCUUCCCCGACGGUGGCAGAGCACGUAUACCAUGAUCUACACGGUCGGAUCGAGCUUAUCCUUGACGGCGGUCCCUGCGGGGUGGGAGUUGAAAGCACAGUCAUCGACGGACUUUCUGAUCCUCCAGCAAUUCUACGGCCUGGUGGUAUCGGUAUCGAAGAGCUGCGACAAUGUCCUGGAUGGGAGAACGUUCAGGUUGGAUACCACGAUGGCACCCUAGACGUGAAGGAGGUACCUCGUGCGCCCGGUAUGAAAUACCGCCACUACUCUCCCAAAGCUCGGGUAGUCCUUUUCGAGCCGGGCUCCACGGACGAGGGUAUUAGGAAGCACAUCCGCAAGGACUUAGAGGACUCGGCGGUUGGUGCGCACAUGAUUGGAGUGGUGCGCACGCGCAACUGGAAGCAAGGGCUGGGCCUUGUUUCAGAGGAGGAGAUACAAACCAGUAUCAAGUCCAUUGAAAGUUUGGUGGAGAACUUGGUCUCGUUUCCGGUACCGGUCGAGGACAAGAUCAAGGCCUGCGUUGUGACGAAACAAACCUUUGAUUGCCAACUCGGACCAGAUAUCAAAUCGAUCGCUCAAGGCUUGUUUUCAGCGUUGCGGGCAAUGGAUAAGAUGGAGGUGGAUGUCAUCUACGUGGAGGGCGUGCCAGACCAGCAAGGUGAUCUGGCAGCGGCUGUGAUGAAUCGGUUGCGAAAGGCCGCUGGGGCAGAACUCCGGGUUUGAGCCAUGACAAUGGAUUUCUGUCUCCUCACAUUUAGCUUUUAAUCUUUUAAUUUCGGCAUCUUUAUUUUGGCGCAAAUCUUGGGUUGCUUAGACGGCAUAUAAUUUAGAUAUGAAGUGCUAUGAACAAUCUG